CUACAGCUGCGCCUGCGCAACCUCAGUUACAUAGCAGAGGUUCGCGCGGUCGCUCUGAACGUUUUUAAAUUAUAUUUAUGUGUUAAUAUAUUGUGACUAUGAAAUUACUGAUAGGUGGAUUGCUGUUGCUGACAGGUGUGUUUGCAGAGCGCUGGCAGUGGCCUGACGCGGACCAAGCUGAGUCCGUGAGGAUCGAUACCAAAGUGCGCUUCAUCGAUAAACCUACUUCUGAAAGAGAGCACCGCAGCAGCAUCCAACAGGACGAAGAUGCGGCCUUCAAGCAGCCCACAGAUACGGAGGGGUUCUACAACCAGCCGCCCGGCGCCGGCCGUUUCCCCGUCAAGAGCGAGCGAAGCGAUAACUACCAGGACUCAAGGAACAGUUACAGGAAUCAAUUGUUAGAAGCCGAAAGCACAGUGGACAUGCUGCAGUACUGCAAAUGUGAAUAUUCGCCUAACUGCAACCUGCGCUCUGAUUACAGCAACGCAUGUGGAGCAAACCAGUACCUUUGUUGUUACACAAAACCCAACAAAGUGUAUCCACAAAAUUCCGAAUUCUUCAAUGAAGUGAACGACGAACGUCUCCGAAUUUAUCCUGGACAAGAAUAUCUCGCUGGGCCCUUUCCACCUCCCACUUACAACCCUAACUAUUCACAAAACAACGAAAGGGAUAGAAACCGAAAUCCUGGAAUUCUGGUUGGUCCUGAAGGCCCCACCGGUAACGUCGGUCCUCACAGACCCAUUCACUUAGGUUCCAGUGCAGAUGCUGCUAAACCAGUACUCGUUGGACCAGAAGGACCUACAGGAAUCAUUGGUCCAAAUGAAAAUACACAUCAAAACUACGGACAAAGCGGAAGCGCGCAGAGAGGAGUACUCGUCGGCCCCGGGGGACCCACAGGAAUAAUUGGCCCUGCAUAUAACAGACCAGUCUUAGUUGGACCCGGCGGACCAACUGGUAUUAUUGGCCCCCGCAGGCCAGGAAUUUUGGUAGGUCCAGGUGGACCGACUGGCAUUAUUGGACCGAAGAGACAGGGGGUAUUAGUUGGUCCAGGUGGACCUACAGGAAUCAUUGGGCCUGCUGGAAUAAACAGACCUUCAAAUGGACCAGGAAUUUUAGUUGGCCCCGGUGGUCCUACCGGUAUAAUCGGCCCAGGAAGGCAGAUUCUGGUUGGCCCUAACGGUCCCACCGGCCACAUCGGUCCGAGAAACAGCUACGGUAAAUAAUGUGUGUAUUUGUGUGCAUCUGUGAUAACCAAUGACUAAUUUAUUCCUUGUGCUGUAAUUGAAUCAUUGAAAAUGAACAUUGUUGUAUAUGUAUAAUAUUAUAACAGCGCUAACGUUGUGAAAAUUUUGUUAUCAUAACAUGUUAUGACUGUUUCUUGACUUCUUGAUAGCAUAGAGUGACGAGUCAAUCUGGAAACAUAAAGCCUGAUACUAAGAGUUAUGUAAACAUGAUUUACGAACACUUAAACAUCUUCUUUACAAAUAGAUAUGCGAGAGAAAAGAGCUAAACGCAGAAAGUGUCACAGAUUUGUGAAGAAGAUUAGACAUUAUCAAUAAAAUGCAAAUAUGAAGUUCAUCUCGUAUGUAAGUAAAUGGUAAACAAUCUCUGUCACUAAUGAAGUAGAACUUACAAUAAAUGUUCUAUGUAUUCUUCUAAGUUUAUAAUAUUAUUUUCAUGUGUGAUAACUUGGCUCUCUUUGUAAAAUAAGUGUUUAUUUUAUUUAUUUCUGUGAAAACUUUUGUGCUUAAAUUGACUGUUAAUUUGUUGUUUUUUUAUUACUAUACUUAAUAAUUAAUCACUCCAGAUUUACGUCAAGUUGUUUUUCUGCGUACUGUAUUUUAAUUUUAGCUUUUAGUUCUUCUAGUAUUUUGUUUGUUGUAAUAUUAUUAAUUCAACCAUUAUUUUCUGUGAUAAGGCCAUUAUUGUAAGAUUAAAGAUUUAUAAAAAUUACAGAAUGUACAUGACAAAGAAAAUUAUGAAGGAAUUUCGAAGAGAUUUCAACAUCAUCAUAAUAAAAGUGUAUUACACAAUAA